AUGGGUCCACCAGGCCAAUCCGGACCACCAGGACCUCCAGGACCACCUGGUCAGAAUGGACAAUCGGGAAUCGGCCAGAAGGGACCCAAAGGACCACCAGGACCACCUGGUCCACCAGGACAUCCAGGACCAAAUGGCCCUCCAGGAAUGCCCGCACAACCAGGACCACCAGGAGGACCCGGACCAGCCGGUCGCCCAGGACCACCUGGACCACCAGGACCGCCAGGACCUCCUGGAGAGUCUGGCCAAGGUGGCAGCGAUGCACUCUACUGUCCAUGUCCGGCCAGAACUCUCAGUGUGAAACGUCGCAUGUCGGCAGCAGCCACCAAAAAAGAAGACGACACAAGACCAAUGCAACCACUAUAA